AUGAUAGGAAUGACAGCAUGCUUGGUUAAUGCCGGUGUCCGACAUCAAACACUUACAGAGGAAGGAUUGAAAGGUGCUAAUCUCUGGAUUACCGCUGUGUGGUUUUUCAUGUUAGCCAAAUGGACAUCACUCAUUGCAGUCUUUUCACGUCGUUAUAGAGAUGCUAUCACCAUUCCACUUUCAAAAACUCCACCUAUUCGAUCUGAAAAUCUUGUCUGA